AUCCCGCUCUCACGACCCUCUCUGUGUUACAACUAAAGCUCUUCUCCGUUGCAAAUUCAUCAUCCCGUAGCCAGCAAACAAGAUCGACGGCGACGACGGGAUGAAGCGUCCGUUUCGUGCCCCGGCAGCGGCCGCGGUGCUCUGCUCAGCCCCGCUGCUGCUAGCUGCCGUCCUCGCCACCGACGCCACCAUAAACACCACCACGCCGUCGUCGUCCUCGCCCUGCGCCCCGGCGAUGUGCGGGGGCCUGCGCAUCGAGUACCCGUUCUGGCUCGGCGGCACGCACCCGCCAGAGUGCGGCUACCGGGCCUUCCAGGUCACGUGCGACGGCAACGGCACGGCCUUCCUCGAGAACUCAUUCUGGAAGUACCAGAUCCUGAACAUCUCUUACGACGACAGCACCUUCAGGCUCGCCAACCACGAUCUCUCCGACGGCACCUGCGACGUCGAGGUCCGCGUGAACGCCACCUCCGACCUCGGCCUCGCGCCCUUUGCCAUCAGCCGGACCAACCAGAGGCUCUACUUCCUCUACAACUGCACCGACCUCCGGGCGCGGCCGCCGCCCCGUUCGUGGGCGCCCGUGAACUGCACCAAGGGGUCCAACGUGUCCACCUUCAACUCCUUCGCGUUGCUCGCCGGCGGGUACAGGCCCGUGCCGGGGAACUGCAGGGUGUCGAUGAUGCCGGUGCUGGGGUACCCGGGGGCGGCCGGGAAGGACUACCGGCAGCUGAUGAAGGGCGGGUUUCUUCUGGACUACGCGGCCGACGACUGCGCGGCGUGCAAGGAGAGCGGUGGACGUUGCCGGAUUGACACCGACUACGAUAUCUUCCAGUGCCACUGCUCCGACGGCGUGGCCGACCUCAUCGUUUGCGGUCAGUAUCUAUUCAUCUCGUUUUUACAUCAUUUUAAAUUCCGUAGACCUGGUAAUUACUUCGGGAAUUACUUCAUAUGCCAUUAUUAUUAUUACCUGAAACGUGUUUGCAAAUGCUUGAGUGACUGCGAGCCAACGGGCAGGCUAUAUGUAUGUACAGCAUCAGCCAAGCCAUGUAGUUCAAAUCCAUGUUAAAAAACAAAUUUUGCAUCAGUUGAUUUCUAAUUUCUUGGACAAUGUGUUGUGGAGGUCCGAGGCCGACAUGGGGCGACACGCCCAGCCAGGGGCGGAUCCAGCAGGGUGUAGGGUCACCCUAACAUCUUGGCUAGCAGUGGCGGAGCUAGACGAAAACCUU